AUGGCUCCUACAGAAAAGAGCCAUGGUAGCUCUGAGUUGCCAGUCUCCAGGAGUUAUCGAAACGGUAGAGCUAGACCUUCUAUAUUUUGCUCAAUGCAGCCAUCUAAAAGCAAUAUCAAGCUAAUUAUAAACGGAGCUGCAAAGGAAAUAGGAAGGGCAGCAGUAAUUGCAGUGACCAGAGCACGAGGGAUGGAGCUGGCCGGUGCAGUGGACUCCUAUCUUGUAGGAGAAGAUAUUGGGAAUAUAUGUGACAUGGCGGAGCCUAUGGAGAUUCCGAUAACGAGUGAUCUUACUAUGGUCUUGGGUUCCAUAUCGCAGUCUAAAGCAACAGCAGUAGUUGUGGAUUUCACUGACCCUUCCAAAGUUUAUGACAAUGUGAAGCAAGCAACAGCAUUUGGAAUGAGAAGUGUGGUUUAUGUGCGAAAAAUUAACUUAGAUACAGUAUCAGCAUUAUCUGCAAUUAGUGAGAAAGCCAGAAUGGGUUGUCUUGUCGCACCGACUCUGUCUUUGCCUAUUGGAUCCACACUCCUCCAACAAGCUGCAAGUUCAGCUUCCUUUCACUAUAACAAUGUAGAAAUUGUAGAAUCAAGAGCUAAUGCAACGGAUCUUCCAUCAUCAGAUGCAAAUCAAAUUGCCAACAACCUCUCUAACCUGGGGCAGAUGCAUAACAGAGAAGACAUUUCAACAGAUGUUAAGGCAAGGGGUCAAGUUCUGGGUGAAGAUGGAGUUCGUUGCACUGUGCACAGCUUAGUCCUUCCAGGGCUUCCCUCGCCAGGAGAGGUUUACACUCUGAAACAUGAGAUCACAGAUGUGCAAAGCCUCAUGCCAGGCCUUAUCUUAGCUAUCAGAAAGAUUGUUGCCAUCAAGAGCCUGGUGUAUGGCUUGGAGAAGCUUUUGUAA